ACAUCAUUCAACAAUGAUUUCUAAUAUCUUUAAAAUCUCAGCUGCUCUUCUUCUUUUGACUAUUGUAUCUGAAGCUAAGCCUUGCUUCGGAAGAUGUGGAGGUCGUCCACCACCACCAUGCGGACUUCCACCAUUCCUUGAGGAUCUUCCUUCUGAUGUUCAAACCAAGAUAACUGAAAUCUGGAAAGAUUACAAAGAAGGAGACAAGUGUUAUGAAGAACAAGGAUUAACUCGUGAAAUCAUGGAAUCUCUUCCAAAGGAUGUUCGUAAGAGCAUUCACAAGAGACCACCACUUCCAUUCCUUCGUGGACUUCCAAAGGACAUCCUUGCCAAGUUUGAUGCUAUUUUCAAGGAUAAGUCAAUCCCAUUCAGUGAGAAGCCAGAGAAGAUUGAUGCUCUCGCUCAAGAAGUUCUUACUGGAGAUAACUUGAAGAAAUUCCAAGAAUUCAAAGAGAAAAAGGAGAAGGAAAUGCAAGAGUACAAAGACAAGGAAUCGAAGCUCUCCGCAGCUGCCAAGGUAGCCAACGAGAAGCUUGAAGCUCUCGGAAAACAAAAGUUUGCAAUCCUCGAAGAACUUGAUGAGAACGUGAAGGAUGAGCUUUUCGAUUUGUGGAAGAGCCGUCCUCAUGGACCACCAAGACAUCACUAGACGAUAAUUUGACAGCGAUUUUUGUAAAUAUCUAUGACAGAAUUUUAUUCAUUCCCGAUUUCCCGAUCACUUUUAAUUUAUAUUGAAAAAUACAUAUAUUUAAGAUUGAAUAAUAAAGAUUUCUAUAAAA